UGAAAGAAGGCAGAGACUGAGAGAGGACUCAGAGUUUGAAACAAUGUCAGAACUUAGCUAACAGUGACAGAACUACUGGAAAGUAAUGCACCUUUGAGAUGAAAACAGGCUUGUGUAACCCAAGAAAAUCAAGCCUCACAGAAAGAGUAUAUAGGUGGAUCCUAACUUUUACAUUAUUAGUUGAUGGUGCACUGGUGCAUGCUGGGACAUUGAUAACUCUUCCUUUGAGUUAUCACCAUGGAUACCAUCAAGGUCAUAAUAGAUUCAGAAGAAGUGAUCAAUUUCAAAGUCAGAGAAAUAACCUGAGAGGGAAGCCAGGUCAAGGCUAUUAUCUAGAGAUGGACAUUGGGACUCCACCACAAAAGAUAAAUGUGUUGAUUGACACAGGGAGCAGUAAUUUUGCUAUUGCUGCCAGUCCAAAUCCUGAUAUAGAUAUAUUUUUUAACAGAGAUAACUCAACUACUUACAAACUGAUAGGGACCUCAGUGUAUGUGCCAUACACACAAGGGAACUGGAGGGGGACUCUAGGGUCAGAUCUGGUGACCUUGACCUCAUUACCUAAUGUCACUGUGAGAGCUAACAUUGCAUUCAUAACAGAGUCUAAGCAGUUUUUUAUCAAUGGAUCAAACUGGCAGGGAAUCUUGGGAUUGGCUUAUAGGAGUAUAGCUAGGCCUGAUGGUUCAGUUACACCCUUUUUGGACUCUCUGAUAGACAACUCUGGUAUUUCAAAUAUUUUUUCAACACAGCUUUGCGGAGUAAAGUUUGAACAAAAAAUUGACCAAGAUGUUGAAUUGGGAGGCACCAUUACUUUUGGAGGUGUAGAUCCUACCCUUCACAGUGGUCCUGUAUACUACACAAACAUACACAAACAAUGGUAUUAUGAGGUUGUCAUGGUGGAUGUUGAAGUGGAUGGAGGAAGCAUUAAUCUAGAUUGUAAAGAGUAUAAUUUCCCCAAAACCAUUGUGGACAGUGGAACCACAGAUCUAAGAUUACCUAUGAAGGUGUACACAUCAGUGAUCAACCACAUCAAAAACUAUGUCCAGAAAUCUCCCAGUGCACCCCCAGUGAGUCUUGGCUUUUGGAAUGGGGACAUUGACUUGUGCUACAAAGAUGGAACCAUUCCUUACAACAUAUUUCCUUUUGUAGCCUUAGAAUUUGCUGAGAAUGAGCAUCAGUCAUUCAAAAUCAUUGUAGCUCCACAGCAAUACAUUAAAUCUGUGGGGAAAAAAGAUGACAGCAACCCAGAUGAAAUAUGUUUCAAACUUGGUAUUGCAAACUCAACAUCUGGCACAGUCAUUGGAGCAGUGAUCAUGGAAGGGUUUUACGUGGUCUUUGAUCGACAGAACAACAGAAUUGGGUUUUCAGACACAACAUGUCCUGCAGUGGCCCAGAUGUUUAACAAGUCACAUGUGUCUGGUCCUCACAAAUUUUCAGGUUCAGUGGGAAACUGUGCGUAUGCCAAACCAGAGAAAUCCAACAAAACCUUGGUCAUUGUGGCGUAUGUGUUAGCGGGGAUCUGUGGAGCCUGUAUACUGCCUUUGUUUAUUCUCUUUAUUCAAUAUCAAUGGCGGACGUCAAAGUGUUACGAGAAAAUGAAGAGGCAGAAUUCUGAUGGAGACUCUAAUGACUUAAUUGAUGAACCAAACUUUAUGCAUGAUUCUUGAUUAGACAAUUUUUGUCAUGGUAGUGAUUGGGUGUUAAAUUCAUCUAUGGUACGAUAUAACUAGAUAUUUUUUUUAUUGUUGGACUUUACACUGUUGAAUAAUUAUUUAUAGAAUUCUUGUGGGAAUUAAGAAUAUUGCUUAAUUUUAUUUAAAUAGCUAUAACUGUUUUUGUGUCAAUCUUUUUUAGUGUCUAUAUAGAAAUUAAAAUCUUCAUAUUGUAGAUACUGGACAUUUUAACCAAGAUUUCAUAUGUAGGCAUAUAUAAUACGGCUGUUCACUUUUUCGAAAAAAAUAGUUUGCCUAUAUAUUCCAGUGGAGCCCUUAUUAUAAUUUAUAAUUGAUUUGUUUUUGUAUGUGGAACUGGAAUGUUUGAAUAAGUAAUGCUUGAUGUUAGUAACAACUGCAAAAAGGGCAAGAUAUUAGUUUUUAACUAAGACGUAAGUUAAUUUUGAUAAGAAACUAAUUUUAUUCAGUUAACUUAAUUUUGAUAAUAAAAUAAUUUCGUCCAGUUUGUUUACAGUAGGUUGAAUUUCACAUUAACAAUGGUUGUAUAUGUUCUGAAUCAUGAAAAGCUGUAAUAAAUCAACAGGUAUUGAAUGUUGAUUCAUUUAAAUUUUCCAGGGAGUGUGAUGUAUAAGACAAGCUUUUAAAAUUUUCUCUGAUGGCUAUUUAUAGAGGUUUGCAAAUCCUACUCAGACACUGUUGCCUAAUAUUUAGAGUAUAGAUUUACUGGUCAUGUAUAAUAUAAUUGUUUAUCUGACAGGAAAUUUUAUGUUGUGUUUUUUGUUAUUUGAUUUCAGAUGAAACUGCUGAUGUCAUAGUUAUUAUUAUAUAUGUGCCUGCAUCCACAUUUUUCAUCAAACAUUUUCAUUUUCUUGUUUGUCAAUAAUAGAUUAGAUUUAUGAAAGUUAAAUUGUUGUUGAUAGGCAGCUACAGGAAACUGUUAAAUCUAUGGAUUGUUCAUGUAUGGAUGAAUCAGGAAAUUUUUCUGGGGCCCAGAGGAUUUAGAAUUGGGAGUGUUGUUACGUGGCAUUAUAGUAAAGCACGAAAUGUACUAUAUAAUCACAUAGCAAUUAUGAAGCAACACUGAAGAGUUUCUAAUUAGUGCUUUUAAAUUCUUUAUAGAAAAUUUUUCCUUAUUACAUGUAUUUUCAAUACUCUGUGUACAUCUGCUAAAUACUGAAAUAUAUUUCAUUGUGAUAUUUUACUGUGUUGGUUUAUUUCAAGCUUAUAAGGAUUUAUUAAAUAGCUGAUAGAGGGAGUGUAUUAUGGCGAAUUUUAAGCAGAUUCUAAGUGUUAGUUAUAUGUGUAACUAUUGUUAUUAAUUCAUCAAUGGGUUAAAUUACCUUAAAACUGUCACUCAUGUACAUUAUACUAAUUGACAUAUUAUAUUUUAUUAUUUGUAUUUCAUAUACAUACAUUUUCUCAUUUACAUUCUAGAUGGCUCCCGAUUGAUUGGGUGUAGAUUUCACCUUACUGGCAUAAGUUAAAUAAACUGCUAUACGUCAUCAA